UAUAUCCUAAUUCAUUUGGUUCUCUCACAGACUAAGAACUUGGACUUCCGCCGAAAGUGGGACAAAGAUGAAUAUGAGAAACUUGCAGAGAAGAGACUCACAGAAGAGAGAGAGAAGAAAGAUGGCAAACCAGCCCAGCCUGUCAAAAGGGAGCUUUUGCGGCACCGAGACUAUAAGGUGGAUUUGGAAUCCAAGCUGGGGAAGACCAUUGUCAUCACCAAAACUACUCCUCAGUCGGAGAUGGGAGGAUAUUACUGUAAUGUAUGUGACUGUGUGGUAAAAGACUCUAUCAACUUCUUGGAUCACAUCAAUGGAAAAAAGCAUCAAAGGAAUCUGGGCAUGUCUAUGAGGGUGGAGCGCUCCACACUGGAUCAAGUGAAAAAACGCUUUGAAGUGAACAAGAAGAAGAUGGAGGAGAAGCAGAAGGAUUAUGACUUUGAGGAGAGGAUGAAGGAGCUUAGAGAGGAGGAGGAAAAAGCCAAAGCAUACAAGAAGGAAAAACAGCGAGAAAAGAAGAGGAGGGCUGAGGAAGACUUGACAUUUGAAGAGGAUGAUGAAAUGGCAGCUGUGAUGGGUUUCUCUGGCUUUGGCUCAACCAAGAAAAAUCACUGAUGAGCCUUGGACUUCCCUCUUUCUUGAUACAGAUUUGUUUAUACCUAGGGGACUGUGGAAAUUUCUUUAAAGACUUGACAGAACUUGUAUGUAAUUAUCCCAGUAGAAGCUGGCUGGAGCGGCUGAGAAAUGAUUCUACACUGAACCUGCGCUACAGAACAAGUUGUGCGCCUUUCGUUAGUGCCCCACUGCCUGCAGAGCCUGACUGGCAAACUUGUAAAUUUUAAAUAAAGAGACCUUUAAAUUAGUCUUUUCUCCAAAAAAUCCCCCUGUCACACUCUGUAGUAAAUUCUACAGAGUUGUCAUGGUAUUUGGCUUUGAUUCUUUUAAUCUAUUGUAUAGAGUCUGCAAGCUGAAUGUUUCUUCUGGAAACCCUAUGGCCUUUGGCCAUCUCAUUCUUUGUACUAGUUCUGGCUGCUUGUCACUUGGUGUUCUUUGGCCUUGUGCGUACGGGAAAUAUUUUGCUGGAUACUUUUUUGUGUUAAUAAAUUAAUAAAACCCUGUACAGACAGU